AUGCAAAUCCUCCACACCAUCUCAACCUUCGCUAAGCGAGAUGGGACCACCCACUACUCUCUCUAUAUUGUUUGCAUCAUGCUCGGAUGUAUUUUAUGCUGCCUCAUUGGUUUUGCUGGGUACAGCAUGUAUCACGGGUCGGAUGAAACACCGGCCGUCGAAGUUCCCUACGAGCAGAGGAAGUACAUGCGUGAAGUUCACCAGCGGAAUCUCAACCGAAUGGCUAUUACGGCACGACGACCAGAUAUGAUCAUUCCUGUUGAGGAAUUAAAUUAUUGA